UCAAAUUUGUUCAAUAUUUGAUGAAAUUUUGGUCGUGAUAAAAUCGAUAUCGUACAGUAAAGGCUUAUCAUUUGACAUCGACAGUUGUGAAGUUGAUAAGAUACAUAACCCGUGCGUCAUGACGGCUGAUAUCAAACGUGACAUUUGACAUAGAUCGUCGUCUUUCAGGAAUUUUCAAGUGUUCUAUUUUUCGUCGGUUGGUGUACAACUUUACGUACAUCAUUACACUGUGUACAUCAAUGUACAGUGGAGUGAAAAGUGACAGUCACAGUGGCCCUGGCUUCAUAUGUUGGUAGUUUGGAAGCCUUACAUUGCAGUAGAUUGUUUUAAUAGGAAUUCAGUCUUCUUUCAAAUGUUAUUUUCAAAAUCAUUGGUGUCUGUGAAACAGUGGGUAACUUGACAUAUUUAUUUGUGAAAUAGUGAAUUUGAUAAUUGAUGACCAGCCUGGUGAAGUAGGCUAGCUGAACUCGAGCCAUUCUGUCUGUGGACUGUGACAUUUGUCUUUGAAGACAGACGUUCUUUUUUUUCUGUUGAUAUCAUUCAGUGUGUUGUUUAUUUGACUCAAAAUUGUAUCGUGUAACAAUCAUCAUGGAUUCUGAAUUGGAUACCGAUAAGCAAUUUGCAAGCAAGGAGGACGAGAUAAAGUAUUGGAAGAAACUCGCCAUUGAAUACAAAUCAAGUUUGGAUGAAGCUCGAGAAGAACUGGAUGAGUUUCAACUUAGCAGUCGAGAAUUGGAGGCAGAGUUAGAAACACAACUGGAACAGUUGGAAAAACAGAAAAGUGAUUAUCAAUCUGCCAAUGCUAGGCUGCAGAUGGAAGUAGAAUCUCUAAGGGAAAAGUUAGAAAUCCAAUCAGAAACGACCCAUAGACAAACAGCAGAGUUACAAGACAAUUUAGCACAGGUCAGCGCAUUUAAGGAUGAAUUACAGAGAUAUAUCAGGGAGUUGGAACAGACUAAUGAUGACUUAGAAAGAGCGAAAAGAUCAACAGUUGUAUCAUUAGAAGAUUUUGAGUCACGGUUAAAUCAGGCCAUAGAAAGAAAUGCAUUUUUAGAAAGUGAACUUGAUGAAAAGGAGAAUUUAGCCAUAACAGUUCAGCGACUCAAAGAUGAAGCCCGAGAUUUACGACAAGAAUUAGAUGUGAAGCAAGUACCGCGCACGCCCGACAGUAGCAUCUUAGACGGUGCAGGGGAGCAUGGCAGCGAGGACGACGUCAAGAAGCGACCACCCGCGGGCAGCAUGGGCGAUAACAUUGUACACACUGAUCUUGACCUUUCAAAUGUAGACUCUAAUAAAUUAAGUGAGACGAUAACGCCGCCACAUACACCUACGACACCUACAGGGAAAGGUUUACCUCCUUUCACACCAGGUGGCACUCCACUUUCAACGUCGGCGAGGAUUUCAGCGUUAAAUAUUGUCGGUGAUUUAUUACGGAAAGUUGGGCUCUUUCUGCUAAAGAGAGAACAAACUGUCUCUGCCUGGAAGGCCUCUCUCAACAACAUGUUAGAUAUGUUUCCCGGUGUGAGGCGAAGUAUGUCCAAUCCUGAGGCGCUUGAAUCAAAGUUAGCGUCAUGUCGGAACUUUGUGCGAGAUCAGCCGAGAAAUGGCCGCGUCAAUACUCCUAGCCCACUGAAUUCACCCAGGAACGAUUAUGCUAAAUUCCAGGCCAAUCCGCCAUCCAUGAUAAUCUCCCUCAAGUAGAAUAAAAGCCAAACGUUUAAACCGAGGGGGAAGUGCUCAAGGUCCUGCCACUCAGUCUGGUCUAGUGAAAGUGACCAUCUAAAGACUUUACCAAAGACGAUUCUAAGACACUGCAUUUUAUUCAGUCACUCUUCAACGAUAAAUGAUUGACCCAUAUUCUGGAAGUAACAUGAUGGAUGUGAAUAUGAUGAUUCUGUGAUGGACUAGCCCAUGACAAGAGAGGAUUAGGGGAGAAUAUAAGAGCAAGACUUUGACACUGGGGCAAAUGUUCACAUUUUUGCCGAAUUUGUUCUUUGCUCUUGUUCUGCCCAGGUGUCAAUGGUGUACAACCAGUUUUCUUGUCUCAUGCGAUAGCCCAGUUGGUCAUCUUUGGGAGAAACAGUGACAAAGACACAAAAAUGGACUAAUGUUGUGCAAUACUAGAGAUGUAGUCGGCAGUUGAUGGGCACAAGUUGAAAUGGUCUUAUUGGUGUUGCCUACCAGUAGCUGGCAGUCCCAACGCUCUCAGCUUCAGUGUCUUCAUUCUUUGAAAAACAUUGCAGUCCGUAGAAAGUGAAUAAUUUAGUUGUGCAUUGAUUAUCAAGUAUCCUAUGGGUUGUGCCUUGAUGUGUUCUGCCAAAAUCCUGUGAACAUGGUUAGCUGAUGCCUUCGUUCUGACUGGCUCAUGUUCUGCUUGUUGGUCACAUGGAGAAAGUAUAAAAGGAAAGGCUGACUUUGCCAUCGCUGAUCUCAUAAUCAUGGGAUCACUGGGGGUUUUCAAAGAAGAUAUUUUUCUAUGGGUAUAUCUUGUUUUCCAACUAAUUUGGGGUUUUCUGUUUUCUAAAUGAGGGGAAGCAAACACUGUUACACAGACAUUACAGUAACAUAGCUUGCCAAGUAUGUGAAAUAAACCAUUGUCUCCCAAUCCAUUAUGAUAAGUCUUUAAAUCAGUCUCAUUUAAUAGCCUUUUCUGUCUUUUGUGUCCUUUGCUAUUUUUUCCAGAACACCAGCCACCAUGCCAAAAUAAUCUGUUUAAUAAAUGGCAUUCCAACAAUUUUGAAGUUAGGUGAUGGUCAGUGUGCACAUGUAAAUUCCUUUAUCAUGAAUCAUCAUUUUAAAACAGAAUGCUAAAAAAUAUCGGUCAAAAAUUGGUAAAAAUUUGAAAUCUCAAAAUAAUGAAAUUUUCAUUGUAUAUAGAAACGUGUGAUUGAAACAACUCCACCAAAUGUUGUUAGGUUUGAGGGUCUUGUUCUGUUGUUAAGUAAAGCAUUGUGUAUUUGGCAAGUGCAGUCAGAGCAACCAAAUAUGUUCUAAACAAUGAAUGAAGUUCUGUUUAAAAGGUAUAAAUGUACAUGUACAAAACUGAAUGUUGUGAUUGUCUCAAUUGUCCUGACUGGCAAAUGUUAAACAGACAGGAUACAUUGCUUGGCGCUGUUAACCCCAAUUGAAGUGAAAAGUAUUGUCAAAUACAUAGUUUAGAAAUCCCACAGGGUCUUUACUUGUGAUUCAAAGCAUUGGAUAAACACAUUCACUGUAAAUAAUGAUAAUUAUAUGUCUAUAUGUAGUAAUGAAAUGUACGUAACUUAAUUUUCAGUACUUUAGUGUGCUGUAGUAGUUUUAACAUAGAUCUUUUCAUUGAGACCUUCCUUGAGCCUUCACCAUAAGAAAGGUGUGAGGAGUCAAAUGUACAAGUGACCGUUAUCCAAAUAUAGAUCUACCAGGUCUUUGAAAUCUCUAUUUCUAUGGCCAAAGGUUGGGCAACGUCUCAAUGGUAAAGAUAGUGGACAUUCUGUUUAAUGAUAUGCCAGGCCAUUAUCAUCUCCCAGGUCAACUGUGGCUGAGAGAACCGCCCAAUUUUCUGUAGACAUACUGUCAUGUUUUUAAAGGUGCCCAGAAAUUCAAUACUUCAUUUUCCUCUUUGGAGGCAACUUUGUCUCACUUGACUCCUAUGUGAGAUUCAAGACUUCAUUUAAGAUUUACAUGAUUUUGUUUCCUCAGUGCAGUAUCAAUUCAAAUGAUUCAUGUGGUUGGUACUGAUGUGAAGUGCUUCGUCCUGAUAUUGUUUUGUUCUAGACCAGAUUGAACCGGAUAUAUCAAUGGUUGUUUAUGUCCUCAUUCACCUAACAAAAUUUUAGCUCCAGGUUUAUAUGAAAGUGAUAGAUGAAUUCAGUGACAUCUUCUCCUUUGAUUGUUAUGAACACAUCACUGAUAUGGCUGAAAACCAUGAUAAUACAAUACAGUACAUAUUGGCAUCUUAUCAUCUUUUAACUUGUAUAGAGGUGACAACUUUUAACAAUUUAAUUCCUGGGGAACAUUUUAUAGAGGACUAUGAAUGUGAAGAUUUUUUCAAAAUAAAUUAUUAUUUCAUUACUAAAA